CAAGUAACUAGGUAGUUUGUUUAAUUGAAUUCCAAAUGAACGUUCCACACAGUUAUUCUCAAGACGAAAAGAAAAUCAUCUUCAGUAGUCACCUGUUACCCAUCCAAUCCCGUGACAAAGGAAAAUGCAGGGAGUAAAUUUUCAAACAUUUCAGGAUAAUUUAGCUAUUUGAAAGAAGUAGAGAGAGAUUUUAUCAAGCCUCCGGAAGCCAUGAACAUUAGUUUUCCAGGAACACUCCCAAAUUCUGUAAAACAGCCGCACUUGUUCUGCACAAAUGCCCCCCGCUGCCAUCGCAAUCGGAUCAACAAAGUUCAUGUCACCGCCUGUUCUAAAUUUGAAGGGAACAGUGCAGAUAUUCUUCAGGCUCCAUUUCUAUCUUCAGAUAAAGGAUUGUCAACAAAUAAUGAUAUCAUGAAACUUUUUAAUGAUGCACAACAAAAUAUCUUAUACUUGAACAAACAACGGCUUGUUGCUAUGGAGGAACUCAAAAGAGUUCGCAGAGAAAAAGAACUAUUGCUUGCUAGGUUGGGGCAGCUUGAGGCAGAAUCACAGUCAAGUACUGCUGAGUGUGAAUUCCUAAAACAAAAGUUCAGUUUGAUGGAGACAGCGGCAAUGGCAGGAGGUGCAUGGAACCUUGCAAACAAGGAUAAAUCCAAGGUUAAGGGAGAUCCUCCAUCAAUUUUCAGUGAGAUGCUUCUAAGAAUUGAUUUGAUGGUCUUGUCGGGUGCUAUAAGUACAGCACAGGCAUCUGAGAUGAGAAGUUUGGUUACAAACAAGGACCCUAUUCUAGCAGAAACUUUUUAUAAUCUUAAGCACAUGAGUGAGAAGGAGCUUCUUGUGGGCCUUCUUCCUCUUUUGGACCGAAAGAGACGGCAGGCAUUACACAUAGUACAAAUAUGUACUGAAAUGGCACCACUCACUGAUGCUGGAGCUGUAGCAUCACAUGUAACAGACUUGUGCCGUGCAUUGCGGAGAAGAAACUAUCUGGUAGAAGUUGUUUUGCCCAAGUAUGAAUGCAUGGAUUUGAGUCACGUACAGGGUCUUAAAGAAGCCUCAACUGAAUUUAAUGCCUACUUCGGGGGGAAGUGGCACAGAAAUAAGAUCUGGACAGGGACUGUUUAUGGCAUUGCAGUGACAUUCAUUGAACCUUUUCAUCUGGGUGGGUUUUUCACUCGAGAGAACCUUUAUGGAUACAAUGAUGAUUUUGAAAGGUUUACAUAUUUUUGCCGUGCAUCACUGGAAUAUCUUGUGAAAUCUGGAAAGCAGCCUGAUAUCUUACAUCUGCACAACUGGCAUACUGCUUCUGUGGCACCACUAUUUUGGGACAUUUUUGUUCAUCAGGGUCUAGGAAGUACCCGGAUAUUAUUCACCUGCCAUGAUUUCAAAUAUCAGUGUGUGGAGGAACCCAGAAAGCUUGGACUUUGUGGUUUGGAUCCCGAGCGACUGCAUCGACGAGAUCGAUUGCAAGAUAAUCUUCAGCCUAGACUUGUUAAUCUGUUAAAGGGUGGAAUUGUCUACUCCAACAAAGUAGUGAUGAUAUCUACUCCGUUUGCAAACAGCAUAAUGGAGAACAAGGGUAGUUAUGGACUGGAGUCCACACUAAUGAUUCACAAAGAUAAGAUUAUUAGUGUACCAUAUGGUUUAGAUGAUACCAUAUGGAAUCCUGCAAUGGACAAAUAUCUUCCUGCAAAGUUCUCAGCUGAAGAUUUAAGUGGAAAAGGUAAAUGCAGAACAGCAUUAAGGCGAUGUGUAGGUUUAUAUGAAGCUCAAGCAGUCACUGCCAUUGUUGGAUGUGUUUGCUUGGAUAUUUCAGAUGCAGAUUUAAUAUUUAUAAAGUCAGCUUUAACAUCUGCAUUUAGAAAUGGAGCUCAGUUUGUGCUCAUGGGUGCAAGCAAAACUCCUCGAAUUCAAGCAAGUCUGGAAAAACUACAAAAAGAUUUCAAGCUACUGGUUCGCUUGCAGGAGAAUUGCAGAGUAAUUGCCAAGCAUGAUGAAGCCUUGCUACAUCUAGUGGUGGCUGGGUCUGAUAUUCUUUUAUGUUCAUCAUUUCAUGACCCACAAAAUCAAAUAAUGCUUAAAGCGUUGAAAUAUGGUGCCCUCCCUAUAUUAAGAAGUGGAAAUGAAGAAAAUGGAAUAUGGAAUAAAGAGACUGAGAGUUUUAUGUUGCGCUUCAAUCCUGAUGUGGCAGUAUCCUUGACUGAAGCAAUUAAUCACAUGAAGGACGAUCCUGUAGGUUGGGCGAACAUGGUAAAGAGGGGAAUGAUGAAAGACUUCUCGUGGGAUGCUGAAUGCGCUGAGAGAUACGGUGAUGCAUAUUGGUCCAUACAUGAAUUGUAAUAAGAUGUACUGAUUUUUAAGAUUGGAUUAUACCUUGUUAGUUGUGUUGCCUUACCACCCCAAUCACAAUAAACUUGUACAGAGACUGCCUGUGUGCAGCUAGGAGGUAUAUCUCUGCAUGAAGAAAAAAUAUGCAGAACAUGUUUAUAAAAAUAGCUAAAAGUGGGGCUCUCUCCAAAGCUCCUUCGUGUACGACAUUAACUACACAACAAUGUAUAAUGGUAGAGAUCAGAGGAUGGUUUUGUUACAUAAUUUUUUAUCUACAACUCAGUGAUCUUAUAUCAAACGUUGUCAUUCAUUUUACCCAGUUAUUGAAUGCGGCCUGUAUUAUGAUGUGUUUAACAUCCAACAUGCAAUCAAAUAAUGGUUUUCUUUUCUUACAAAA